UCGACUCCCUCAUCGGAUCAAUGAAAUGUGAAUGAAACUUAGAAAAAAAGAAUCACAGAAAAAGAGAAAAAAAAACAGGAAAGUAAAGGCAUCCGCUUUUAAUAUUACUGCACGAACAUAGAACCUCUUGUCGUUUUGGUCUCUCUUUCUCUUCCUCUCUCUUUGGAACAAAAGAAAAAAUGGGUGAAGUAGAGGGCAAAGAGACUGGGAAGAAGACGAUGAAGAGUUUUAGAAGCAUAAGAUCGAUAUUCAUGCACGCUGACGGUGUGGAUUGGGUACUGAUGGGAUUAGGGUUAAUCGGAGCCGUCGGUGAUGGCUUCACAACUCCCCUUGUUCUUCUCAUCACGAGCAAGCUCAUGAACAACCUUGGUGGCUCCUCUUUCAAGACUGAAACCUUCAUGCAAAGCAUAUCCAAGGUUGUGGCUUUGCUCUAUGUGGCUUGUGGAUCUUGGGUUGUCUGUUUCCUUGAAGGAUAUUGUUGGACACGAACAGGGGAGAGGCAAACAGCAAGAAUGAGAGAAAAAUAUCUUAGAGCAGUGUUAAGACAAGAUGUGGGGUACUUUGAUCUUCAUGUCACAAGCACUUCUGAUGUUAUCACAAGUGUCUCUAGUGACAGCUUCGUCAUCCAAGACGUGCUUAGUGAAAAGUUACCGAAUUUCUUGAUGAGCGCAUCAAUGUUCGUCGGAAGCUACAUAGUUGGCUUUAUUUUGUUAUGGAGACUCGCCAUAGUUGGCUUACCCUUUAUUGUCCUCUUAGUGAUCCCGGGGCUUAUGUACGGCCGAGCCCUUAUAAGCAUAUCUAGCAAGAUACGUGAAGAGUACAAUGAGGCUGGUUUUGUAGCUGAGCAGGCCAUCUCUUCUGUGCGAACCGUCUAUGCGUUUUCCGGGGAAAGGAAAACGAUAUCAAAGUUUUCAGCCGCGCUUCAAGGCUCGGUAAAGCUAGGGAUUAGACAAGGGCUUGCCAAAGGAAUCACCAUUGGAAGCAAUGGAAUCACUUUCGCCAUGUGGGGGUUCAUGUCUUGGUAUGGAAGCCGGAUGGUCAUGUACCAUGGUGCUCAAGGUGGUACCGUAUUUGCAGUAGCCGCCGCUGUUGCCAUCGGUGGCGUAUCACUUGGUGGUGGUUUGUCUAAUCUCAAGUACUUCUUCGAGGCGGCUUCAGUUGGCGAGCGAAUCAUGGAAGUAAUAAACAGAGUUCCCAAGAUUGAUUCAAACAAUCCGGAAGGGCUAAAACUAGAGAAAGUCAGAGGAGAAGUUGAGUUUAAGCAUGUGAAGUUUGUGUAUCCAUCAAGACCAGAAACAUCCAUCUUUGAAGAUUUUUGUCUGAGAGUUCCCUCCGGGAAAACCGUGGCUUUGGUGGGAGGAAGCGGGUCAGGAAAAUCAACUGUGAUAUCGCUUUUGCAGAGGUUUUAUAACCCGGUAGCAGGAGAGAUUCUCAUAGAUGGUGUAUCCAUUGAUAAGCUGCAAGUGAAGUGGUUAAGGUCUCAAAUGGGUUUAGUUAGCCAAGAGCCUGCACUUUUCGCCACAUCCAUAAAGGAGAACAUAUUGUUUGGUAAAGAAGAUGCAACGAUGGAUGAUGUUGUGGAAGCUGCCAAGGCCUCUAAUGCUCAUAAUUUCAUUUCUCAGUUACCUAAUGGCUAUGAAACUCAGGUUGGGGAGAGAGGAGUGCAAAUGUCAGGAGGACAGAAGCAGAGGAUAGCAAUCGCACGUGCAAUAAUCAAAUCACCAACAAUUCUCCUUCUAGACGAGGCAACAAGUGCAUUAGACUCUGAAUCCGAAAGAGUAGUCCAAGAAGCCUUAGAAAAUGCAUCAAUCGGCCGUACAACUAUCCUUAUUGCUCACCGUCUCUCUACCAUUCGUAACGCUGAUGUUAUCACCGUGGUCCGAAACGGCCAUGUUGUUGAGACUGGCUCACACGAUGAGCUAAUGGACAACAUAGAUGGUCAAUACGCUUCACUAGUCCGCUUACAACAGAUUGAAAAAGACGACUCAAGUGUGAACAUGAGCGUCAAUGUGCAAACAAGUCCAACCUUGGAUCCUACUAAAGAUUUCAGAAGUUGUUCAAGAGUCUCGACACUUAGCCGGUCAAGCUCUACUAACUCCGUUACAGGUUCAAGUAUUGUCAAGAAUCUUUCAAAAGAUGAUAAGCCACCUUUACCAUCUUUUAAAAGACUCUUGGCAAUGAAUCUACCUGAGUGGAAACAGGCGUUAUACGGUUGCAUAAGUGCAACCUUGUUUGGGGCCAUACAGCCGGCGUAUGCAUAUUCUUUAGGGUCAAUGGUAUCGGUUUAUUUCUUGACGAGCCAUGACGAGAUUAAGGAGAAAACGAGGAUCUACGCAUUAUCUUUUGUCGGCUUAGCCGUGCUUUCUUUCUUGAUCAACAUCAGCCAACACUACAACUUUGCAUACAUGGGCGAAUACUUGACUAAGCGCGUCCGAGAACGGAUGCUCUCUAAGGUUCUAACCUUUGAAGUUGGUUGGUUCGAUCGUGAUGAGAACUCAAGUGGUGCCAUAUGUUCUAGACUCGCAAAAGAUGCUAAUGUGGUGAGAUCGCUAGUAGGUGAUCGUAUGGCACUAUUGGUACAAACAAUAUCGGCGGUAACCAUAGCAUGCACAAUGGGUCUGGUAAUAGCGUGGAGGUUAGCUCUUGUAAUGAUCGCUGUGCAACCACUGAUUAUUGUAUGCUUCUACACUCGCCGUGUUCUACUCAAGAACAUGUCGAAAAAGGCAAUCAAGGCUCAGGACGAGAGUAGCAAACUAGCUGCUGAGGCUGUUUCCAACGUACGAACCAUCACAGCCUUUUCGUCACAAGAACGUAUCAUGAAAAUGCUAGAAAAGGCUCAAGAAAACCCGCGGCGAGAAAGCAUACGUCAGUCAUGGUUCGCAGGGAUCGGACUCGCCAUGUCGCAGAGCCUAACUACAUGCACGUGGGCUUUGGACUUCUGGUACGGUGGUAGACUGAUCGAAGAUGGGUACAUAACAGCUAAAGCUUUGUUCGAAACGUUUAUGAUCUUGGUUAGUACCGGUCGGGUCAUAGCCGAUGCUGGAAGCAUGACAACGGAUCUAGCUAAAGGUUCGGACGCGGUCGGGUCGGUUUUCGCUGUGUUGGACCGGUACACUUCUAUUGAUCCGGAGGAUCCAGAAGGAUAUGAACCGGAAAGACUAACCGGUCGGGUCGAGUUUCUUAAUGUGGAUUUCUCAUACCCAACUAGACCGGAUGUGAUGAUAUUUAGUGACUUUUCUAUCGAUAUCGACGCAGCGAAGUCUACUGCUAUAGUUGGUCCAAGCGGGUCAGGUAAAUCCACGGUGAUCGGUUUAAUCGAACGGUUUUACGACCCGGUUAAAGGCGUUGUGAAAAUCGACGGUCGAGAUUUAAGAUCGUACAAUCUGAGAUCGCUCCGACAACACAUAGCUUUGGUUAGCCAAGAGCCAACGUUGUUCGCGGGAACGAUCCGAGAGAACAUCGUAUACGGAAGAGCGUCGGAUAAUAUCGACGAAUCAGAGAUCAUCGAAGCGGCGAGAGCAGCGAACGCUCACGAUUUCAUCACGUCUUUAACGGACGGCUACGAUACGUACUGCGGAGACAGAGGUGUACAGUUAUCCGGUGGUCAGAAACAGAGGAUCGCCAUCGCUAGAGCGGUUUUGAAGAACCCGUCGGUGUUGCUUCUCGAUGAAGCGACGAGCGCUUUGGAUAGCCAAUCGGAGCGUGUGGUGCAAGACGCGCUGGAGCGCGUGAUGGUGGGGAGGACGAGCGUUGUGAUCGCGCAUAGGCUGAGCACGAUUCAGAACUGCGACGCAAUCGCUGUUUUGGAUAAAGGAAAGCUCGUGGAGCGUGGGACCCACUCAUCCUUGUUGGCAAAAGGAUCCACAGGUGUUUACUUCUCAUUGGUCAGUCUCCAGAGAACAACUUGUUGAAUAACGCUGAUCUGGAAACAAAUAAAACUCUUUAAGCUAAGGGUUAUUGAACAUGUUAUAUGACGCUAUUUCCUUAUUUGUAACCAUUUACAUAUAGAUAUUUAAAACGAUUAUGUUUAAAAGAAGGCUACAGAGGUUCCAAUACUAGAGCAAAUCUAUGUUUUCACUUAGUUUUGAUUCCAUUUGUUGAUAACAACAACAUGCGAGAACUGCUAUAGAUAGUAAUUUUUAUCAACUGAUCACCACCAACUUGUCGUUUCCAUGAGUCGUCCUCGUCCACGAUGAGUUCAUUGACUCCCCAUUUCCAUGAGUCGUCCAUGAUGAAUUCAUUGACUCCCCAUUCUUCAAAGCUAAUUAUAAGGAAUAAUUUUAUUAAUGAUAGGUUCACUUUUCACCAGCUUUGAUACUACUAUUGAAAGCAACUCGUAGCAGACGUACCAAAAGUUUGUGGUUGAUUUGAGUUUCUUUUAAAUAAGAAGUAGCUAGAAUUGGGAACGUUAGAAACUUUGUAAUUAGGUAAGCAUAAUUCCAAAGUAAGAUGUAUACUCAUGACAAAGAAUAAUGAUUUUGCCAGCCCAUAGCCGCACACACAGCUGUAUUCAAACAUCACACUUUUUUUCUUCUUUUUUUGUCAAAUUAAUUAUAAUGAACAACUGCAGACACAAAUGUGAUCUAAAAUCACUUUUAUUAAGAAAGCAGUUGUAUGAUUUACGUAAAACCAAGUGAACGGGUAAUGGCUGCUUUUGGUAAACAUAAAAUAAUUGUAUAAAUUUUCGUGUAUCAAGAUGUUGGAACAACAAAUCUGCACUAUAAAAUGUCUUCGAUUUUCUAUUUUUAAAAAGAUCGAAUUAGCUUUAUUUGUUUUCUUUAUCUACAUCUAGUCUCCACAUACUAGAUUAUGGAAUAAUAAUUGAUACCCAAAAUGGCAAAAAAAUUGAGAAUAGUAAUUAGCUAGUUCUUAUAGGUAAUGUUCUAGCAUGUUAAUAGAACAACAAAUUUGGAAAGCAAGUUUUAAAAGAAUCUAUACGUGUGUAUAUAUAUUACUGAUAAAACGUGGUAAAUACACAUUAUCAACCAAUUUUUCUUUUCAUUUUACUAUAUGUGGGCGUGUGUAAUCCACAUGGAGCUUUCGAAGACUUACCCCAAGCGUAAAUAUUAUUUGACAAACGCAAGAGUGACUGGCGUUCAAUACGAUCUAGUAUAAAUCAAGUGCAGAAUGAGGCAAGAUAGUACGGAUGUGAUAUCAUAUCACCUUGGCUUAUCAACCACGUACAUUUGUUCUGAUAACAUAUCAUACUAUUUUUACCAAAAAAAACAUAUCAUACUAUUAUAGAGUUAGAGAUCUAUCCACUCGUAAACUACGAGCUGAUAUGUUAGUUUUAAUUCUGGAAGAAGCUAACGUGUCAAUAUAACUUAGAAGUGGAUAUUCCCACUUAACAUAAUAUAAGAUGUGUGUAUAUAUAAACGAUUAUAUUUAUUUGGUAUGAUGCUACAAUUAGUAUAUCAUUGUUAAUAUCAGAGAAUAAGCAUAACGCUACUCAAGGAAACAACAAAUUCUAGUCAUAGAUAAGGGUGAAAACCUGCAAAUAAAAUCUAUCUAAACGAGGGAUACUCACAUGCUUUAGUGAAAUACAAGCAUUAAGUUAAUAGUAUUAUUAUAUUCAAAGAGCAUUGCAUCCAAUGAAUGUGAGCUGACCAGUUAAAUAUAUUGUUAUCUUUUGUCCGUCAGUCAAUAAUUAUAUGGUAUUAUUGAGAACAUUAAUACAUAUAUAAUAUAUGUAUAUCGAAAUAAGUAGAAAAGAACAUGGAUCCAUGUGUUCAUUGGACCCAUUAUCAACCCAUACUCUAAGAUGCUGGAUUCCUACAACCUAACAUGCUUUCCUUAUAUAUCAAACAAUGUCUAUGCGUGUAAUGUCUACAUUUACAUGCGUAUUCACUUAAUUAUUAUUAAUUAGUCUUGAUACUAGUAUUUAUCAAAAAAAUUAUGUCAAUAUUGACUAAGAUAGGUUUGUUAAACCUUUCUCUCAACAUUUAUUGCUGUAAACCAAAGAAUGGUUAAACUCUGAGCCAAUCUGAACACUUAAAAAUUCAAGUUCAAAUUCAAGAUUAUAAAUUGGUUUACCAUAUAUAAUGGAUGGAUAUUAAAGACUAGAUAUUCCCAACAGCAUUUGCAAAUUAGAAGAGAGAUGACCAUAUACUGAAAUGGCUAGACUUUGCCAAUAAGUAUUUACCAUUUUUAUAGAACAGUCGGUGUUCCUAACCAGAUGGUGUGCAUAUGUAAUCUGGUAAUGAAAUAAAUGGAUGCAAAUUCAAUGUUAUCUUGGUCAUCAAUGUAUCCUUAAUACUUUUUCCAUAUACAAUGAACACUAUUCACGUACCAUUGAAUGUUAUUAUCAAUAUAAAUUUGAACUUAUUACUUUGUACUUUCGCCGUUUCUCAAAAGAAAUGUUCUAGAAAGAUUAUAGAAAAAAAAACUAUCUACAAAAAGAACAUUGACAUUGACUAGGCAUUGACAAUAAGAAACGAGUUUCAAACGAACUUAAUUUGACCGUGUUUCCUUUCCUUACAAAACCGCGUUUCAGUUCUUGUCUUCGUCUUCUUCCUCGACCCUUCUCUCUAUCUCUCCUCCAGAAACUCAAAACUAAAACCUUAAAAAGACCUCUGCUUUGAGAUCUUACCCACUCUUCAAACCCGAUCACUUCUCUCCGAUGAUGUCUAGUUCAAGACUAAUAAUAAUCUUCACAAUAAUCUCUGCAGCCUUCCUCACCGUCGGAUCAAUCCGAUUGGUUCCAGACGAUAAAUCUUCAUUCAACGAUGGAUCUUCAGAUUUCAUGGAGGCUCCAGGAUACCAAAACGGACCAAAAUGCUCUGUUCUACCCCAAAACAAACUCUUGUUAGCUUGCGACCCUUCAGCUAUUCACAUAGCGAUGACCCUCGACCCAGCUUACUUGCGUGGCACGGUAUCUGCAGUCCACUCCAUCCUCAAACACACCUCUUGCCCUCAAAACAUCUUCUUCCACUUCAUCGCAUCGGGUCCCCACCACGGUCCCCUCGCGAAGACUCUCUCCUCUUUUUCCCUUCUCUGAGUUUCAAAGUCUACACCUUCGACGAAACCAUCGUCAAGAACCUCAUCUCUUCUUCCAUAAGACAAGCUCUCGAUAGUCCCUUGAACUACGCAAGAAGCUACUUGUCAGAGAUUCUCUCCACGUGUGUUCGUAGAGUGAUCUAUCUAGACUCGGAUGUGAUCGUGGUCGACGAUAUCAAGAAGCUAUGGAAGGUUUCUUUAACCGGAUCAAGAACCAUCGGCGCACCAGAGUACUGCCACGCUAACUUCACCAAGUACUUCUCAGAUCGUUUCUGGUCAAAUCCAAAACUCUCUGGAGUCUUUGAGUCCAAAACGCCUUGCUACUUCAACACGGGAGUGAUGGUGAUCGAUUUAGAGAGAUGGAGAGAAGGAGAGUACACGAAAAAGAUCGAGAACUGGAUGAAGAUUCAGAAAGAGGAGAGGAUUUACGAGCUGGGUUCGUUGCCGCCGUUUCUGCUGGUGUUUUCAGGAGAAAUUGAAGCUAUUGAUCACCAGUGGAACCAGCAUGGUCUAGGUGGAGACAAUGUGGUGAGUAGUUGUAGGUCUUUGCAUCCUGGUCCGGUGAGUUUGAUACAUUGGAGUGGGAAAGGGAAGCCGUGGGUGAGGCUUGAUGAUGGUAAGGCGUGUCCUGUUGAUUAUUUAUGGGCUCCUUAUGAUCUUCACAAGUCACGGAGACAGUAUCUUCAAUACAGUCAAGACUUAGACAUUCUUUGAUUCAUUCUAAUUUUUUUUUGUUAGUACAAAGUUUUGCUCUUUUUCUGAUGUAAAUAAAACUGAAUUACAUUUGAGGUUUUACCUAUUCUGUUGCUCUA